UCAGGGCGGCGGCCAUUACACGGAGGGCAGCGGACGAGCCGCGUCCCGCCGCCACCCGCUGCGUGUGCGCGUCCCGCGGGCUGCGGCCGCCAGCGCUGCGUGCAGCCGAGCCGGUGUGGAGGCGGGAGUCAUGGAGGAGAAGGUUUNNACCAAGGAGCUGGACCAGUGGGUAGAACAGCUCAACGAGUGCAAGCAGCUGUCUGAGGGGCAGGUGAAGAGCCUGUGCGAGAAGGCUAAAGAAAUUUUGACGAAAGAAUCCAAUGUGCAAGAAGUACGAUGUCCAGUCACAGUCUGCGGAGACGUCCAUGGACAGUUUCACGACCUCAUGGAACUUUUCAGAAUUGGAGGCAAAUCACCAGACACAAAUUACUUGUUUAUGGGGGACUAUGUUGACAGAGGAUAUUAUUCAGUUGAAACAGUCACAUUGCUCGUAGCUCUUAAGGUCCGUUACCGUGAACGCAUCACAAUUCUUAGAGGAAAUCAUGAAAGCAGACAGAUCACACAAGUAUAUGGUUUCUAUGAUGAAUGCUUAAGGAAAUAUGGAAAUGCAAAUGUUUGGAAAUAUUUUACAGACCUUUUUGAUUAUCUUCCUCUAACUGCCUUGGUGGAUGGCCAGAUUUUCUGUCUACACGGUGGCCUCUCACCAUCUAUAGAUACACUGGAUCACAUCCGAGCACUUGAUCGCCUCCAAGAAGUUCCUCAUGAGGGUCCAAUGUGUGACUUGCUAUGGUCAGACCCAGAUGAUCGUGGUGGUUGGGGCAUUUCUCCUCGAGGUGCUGGUUAUACUUUUGGGCAAGAUAUAUCGGAAACGUUUAACCACGCCAAUGGCCUUACGUUGGUUUCAAGAGCUCAUCAGCUGGUAAUGGAGGGAUACAACUGGUGCCAUGAUCGGAACGUAGUAACAAUUUUCAGCGCUCCAAACUAUUGCUACCGUUGUGGCAACCAGGCUGCAAUCAUGGAACUUGACGAUACUCUAAAAUACUCCUUUUUGCAGUUUGAUCCGGCGCCACGUAGAGGUGAACCACAUGUUACUCGUCGCACCCCAGACUACUUCCUGUAAAGAGAUUUUACACUUGUACAGUAUUGCCAUGAACCAUAUGCUGACCUAAAGGAAAUGGGAAGAGCAACAGUAACUCCGAAGUGUCAGAAAAUAUUUAACAUUCAAACUCGUUUUCACAUGGACCAAAAGAUGUGCCAUAUUAAAAUACAAAGCCUCUUGUCGUCAACAACAGUGACCACUUUAGAAAGAACCAGUUCAUUGCAUGCUGAAGCAACAUUGUUGGUCAAGAAACCAGUUUCUGGCAUAGCGCUAUUUGUAGUUACUUUUGCUUUCUCUGAGAGACUGCGAAUAAUAAGAUGUAGACAUUAACACCUCGUGAAUACAUUUAACUUUCCAUUUAGCUAUAGCUUUAUUCAGCAUGACUGUAGAUAAGGAUAGCAGCAAACAAUCAUUGAAGCUUAAUGAACAUUUUUAAAAUAAGUACCAAGACCGCCUCCUGUUUGUGUUCUAAAACUGUUUUGUUUUAUUUUCAGGGAAUACUGUUUAAUUUAAUUGUGUUGAUUUAUGUCCACACUCAGUUUUUUCCCCUCACUCUUUGCCUCCUACAUUGUCCCUUGUAAUUGUCCAAGCCUAGUGAGUUAUUUUGAACAGAACUGUUUUUUUUCUGUAAGAUGUUACUGCAGAAAAGUACUGCAGUGUUUUUCAUAAUAAACUUGUGAACUAAGUAUGGAAAAAUGUCAACUCCUAAUUGUAUCUCAGGUUAACUCUGCUAGUUUAAUAAAAAGAUACUUACCUUGGUGGGUUUCAUAAACCCUGUAUGCAAAUCUUCAUCCUAAAGAAAAAAUAGGUCAUUGGAACGACUUUCCAACAUGCUCUAAACUCCUGAAAUCCAUUCCAAGGUUGUUGGUUACUCAUGUUUUUGAAGGUGAGCAUGAAUCUGUGGUUUUUAAUGAACUGUCACAUUUUCUCAGCUCUCUACCUUACUCUCUGUAGUGUUAUUUCUUUGAACCAUUUGCUUGUUGGUCAGAGAACACUUUCCAAUCUGUAACUGCAACAUAACAAGUUACUAGCAGUAGGGCAAAAAUAUUCAAAUCAGUUAUUUUUUAAAAAC